AUGAAGAGCUUUUUUCUUUUACUCUUCUUGAUAGCCAGAAGUAACCAGCUGACACUGACUGACUGUGGGACUCAAGCAAGACGGCCACAGCUCAAUGACAUCUCAGUGCAGUGUGGUACUUCAUCCAUUAGCCUAGCGAUCCAGUUCUGCCCGGUCUUAUACUCUGGCUACAAUGAGAGUCUUCUGAUCCUGAACAACAACUUGAACCCAGGUUGUAACGGCACCCUCGACACUUCUGUUUCUCCUCCUGUUGUUCGCUUCACCUUCCCCAUAAAUUUGACCAAUGCCUGUGGAAGCAGUUUCAAGACCGUUAGUGCUGCUGGGACAGAUCUCUUUUCUGACUUUUCCAACAUCCAGACAGUCAGCGUGUGUGGCAUGGUUAAGUCUUUUGAUCCUACAACAGGCACAGUCACUUACAACACUGAGCUGAAGUACUAUUACUCCUGCUCCUAUCCCUUAGAAUACAUCCUGAACAACACUGAGGUUGAUGUAACAGGUCAAUCCAUCGCGGCCACAUUAAACAAUGGAAGUUUCCUCAGCACCUUGAGCAUGAAGCUGUUCAGUGAUACCACCUACACUACACCGCUGCUCAUGCCAUCAACGGGAAUUCUAAUGAGGACCAAUGUGUACGUUGAGGUCAAGGCCACCAACUUGACCACCCAAUACAAUGUUCUGCUUGACCGGUGCUACGCCUCUAUCUCCGCACUGCCUUCUAACUCCACCUACUUCAACCUGUUUGUCCCCUGCACCAAUGAUCGAAUGACCACCAUGCUUGUAAAUGGAAUGAACCAGAGUGCCCGCUUUUACUUUCCAGCCUUCCGCUUCCUUGAGCAGCAGAACCAGUCAGUGUCCACUUACUACCUCCACUGCAUCACCAGGCUGUGUGAGCCGAACAGCUGCGCCGCAUUCAAGCAAUGCAGUGGAACGCGGAGGAAGAGGGCCGCAGAUGGCACAGAUGACACAUCGGUAACCAAACCUUAUACCAUCUCCUCUCCAGCGAUCGUCACCCAAGCUGACACUCCCCUGUCCAACCAGAAUCUCAAAAAUGCUGAAAACAAUGCUGGCACUACUACCAAACUUGGUGUGUCUGUUGGCAUCCUUGCCGUUGCCUGUGUUAUUGCCUUUAUUGUUGGAGCUGUGUUUUACAGAAGGUUCAAAAGGGCCAAACAGUAA